AUUUAUCUCAGAUCAGGCGAUGGUAACCUUGAGAAGACGGCCACGGUUGCAAAGGCAAUGUAACGUAGCACAAGACAAAGAACAUACUGCUGUGGAAUUAAUCAAAACAAAAACGCCCAAAAAAUCGGACAAGGAAAAUGAAACUCCAACAACCAAGUCACCAGGAAAGACUGGCUUUACAAAUAGCAACACACCCAAAGCAGCAAAAAGGAGGAAACAACCAAUGCAAGAUCCGGAUAAUUUACCAAAGAAAGUGAAACAAGAAACAGAAAGUAAACAACAAAUAAGUUCUAGGAAAAGUAAGAGAAGCAGACUUGACAAGAGCAUUGAUUCUGAAGAAGUAACGAAAGUAACACCUGAUGGUUUAGUCUAUGAGGUGGGAAGAAGGCAGUCCAGCACUGAUCCAGGAACAGAUGAGUUUGUGUUGCGUCUCAACAAUGCAACAAAUACAAAAUCCAAGAAGCAAAAUAAACAAGCUUCCCUGGCUCCUGAUGUUCCUUUGACUCCGCCCAAAAGAAAAAAUACAGUUUCAAAAGAAAAGCCUGCAACCCCAGUCAAAGUUAAAAGCCCCAAUAGCCCUCAGCCAUCCAAGAGAAAAGAUUCCAAAUCUCCGAUGAGACUUUCUUUAAAACCAGAACCUCGUUCUCCCAAUCAAAUAUUUAAAAUCCCAAAAUCCACCUGUACAAGAAAACAACGUGUAAGUGUGGAGGCAGCAGCAGAAGUCCAAAACCAAGAACAAUCCCUAUCAGUGUGCUCUAUGAUCUUGAACAAGAAAAAGAGAAGGAGCAGCGAGGGGGGCAUACCUUCUGCCGUGGAGGACAAAAAUGUUAAAUCUCAGUACCCAUUAUUCGCAGGAAUCUCACCCAUUGUUGCAUCCAAGAAAGAAAUUGAAAAGCUUGAGACACUGGAAAAGAGUAUGAACUUGUUCGAGUGCCCGAUGAGUCCUAUUGGAAAACCUGAUCAGAAAAACUCUUUGAAUUACUCCAACCUUGCUUUGAAACCAGAGAUCAAAUCCUUACCAAAAAGGCCAAAGACAAAACCUGCUAAAAAGCCUGAGCCCAAAAAGAGUAAGGCAGCAACAAAGAAAGGUGAUAAAUCUAAGAAGGGUGGAAAUAGUUCUCUCUUGAAGACGCCAUUACGGCAAACUUUCAAGGCAAAAUCGACCUUAGAAACUGGCGAGGAAGCUCAAAAUUCAUCCCUUUUAUUUGGAGACGAUAGCGAAGAAUCAGCCGACGAAGCAGGGUUUACCCUCUACCCUCUCAGCGAAAAGUCCUCUUGGGAGCCCAAAGCUAAGCCUGCUGUCAAAUCAAACUCGAAAAAGGAUGCUGAUGCUAAAACCAUGGAUUACAACAAGUGGCUUGAAGACCACCGCGAGGACUACGACCAAUACAAAGACUUCGAACUUUGUGUUGAGUGAAUUGUACAUUAAUUUUACAAUGGAAUGACGUGAUUAGAUAUUCAUAUUACAUAUUAUAUGAAUUCAUUAAAAGACCUUACAACUGUCAGUCGUUCGGUCAGGUAAAAUUGCAGACAAAGUGUCAUAUAUUUUGAGUUAAUGUUAGUCUGGGAAAUUUCUUGAAAAGUCUUGAUGCACUAUGACUAUAAUAAGGCUAACCAAAAAAAUUUUGCAAUUUUAUUUCAAAUGUUAACUUAUGAUUACGUAUAUCAGUUAUAAAUUAUUAUGCAUGUUUUAAAAUUUUCUACUCAUACCUUUUUAGUUUUUCAUCAGUUCGACAAAGAUUAAAAUGGUAAAUGUGUCAAAUUGAAUUUUGAACCUUUUGAAUGCAAUGCACUAUGUGUUUCAAAUGGAUUAUAAUACUAAUUUAAAUAAUUUAUAUCGUCAUCUUGUGGGUUAUGACAUACUUAAUUUACCCAUUACCCAUGUCACUAUUUUAUGAUAGACUAAAAAAUUUCACGAAUUAUUUUGCACUGCGCUAUUUAAUGGCUGAAUUUAAUCGAGUUUUUCUUUCAAGAAAUUAUUUUUAAAGGCACUUCGAGGUAUUUUGUUAUUUACAGUAAAACCCUGGGAUACAUUCUUGAGAAAUUAGAAUGAUAAGUUCACGAUUCGAUCUCUAACAUGUGUGAUCUAGCCAAAAGAUACAAUGCAUAUUCUGAAACUGUGAAUUGCAAAUCCUCUCUCCUCCUCGCAACUCGCCAAACAAGUGAUUCCAGGGUUUUUACUUUCAGACUAAGCUGCUGUGAACUCAGAAAGAAUUUUUUUGGAGAAUUUUCCAAUAAAAGAGAAAAGUUAAUUUUGUUAUUCAUCCUACACUUACUGUGAUCUUAUUAUAAUUUUCUGGAUUUGUUAUUGUUCACAGUAUUUCUAUAUGUAAAAUUUCCGACUGUGUGUCAUGUACAGUGAGUAAAAUUACCCAUUGAGUCAUUAUUUGUACUCUUGCUCUAUAAUAUAUUAAUGUUAUUCUGUAACCUGAGUGGUACCUCCUUGGAAUACAAUAAGGGGUCGCAUCGUCCACAUAAUGUUAUGUAAUCAGCCGAUGGGGGAGGGGGGUUUCCAAAUGAUUUAAUGUAAUUUUAACACAUACAAUAGCUAUUUGUAAAACUGAUCACGGGGGGGAGGAGGUUAAAAGUUGGCCUAAAACUGAUUACGUAAUGUUUGAACGACCCCUAAGAAAAUUGUGCAAAUGUCUUACCUCUCACCUGAUAAAGUUAAGUACUAACAUUUGCCAUUACAUCCUCAGCACUGACUAAUGUUUGGUUUCAACAAAAAGAAGCACCGCCCAAACAUACGCGUGCGACGUGAAGAUGAGGACGAUGGGAAGAAUUCAGCUUCUACUCCUCCACCAACUACCAAAGGUCAUGCAAAGAAAUCUAAAUCGAAGAAAUCUGACAAGCCUGACCGUGAAUCUAGUAAGGAAAAAAUGCCAAAAUUGAGUUUUGAUGAUGAAAUAAAAGCUGAGGUGGACUUCAAAGUCAAAAAGUCCAGUAUUAGCAGAAAGCUUGCACGUGAGCGAGAACGUGAGAAAAGCAAGAAGAUCAAAACAGAACAGCCAGCAGAAUCGUUCAAUGACGACGAUUUCAUCGUUAUGGAUGAUAUGGAUCUCGAUGGUGAGUCAAACGAAGCAGACCCUGGUUACGAACCAGAUCCUGAGUACGUGGAACCUGGCCCUGUCAGCAAAGCCUCCGCCAUUCCUGAUGCUACUGCCAUCCACAAGGCAAGAAAGAAGCGAGAACAAGCACGCCGUCAACAGGAAACUGCUGACUCCUACAUACCUGUCCACAAUCGUAGAACACAAAACGAUGUUGUGUUCAAACGGGACAACUCCAGGUUCAUACGAGAAGAUGAUGAUAGUGGAGAUGAGAGGUUGGACAUGAAGGUUCACACUGAGGAAGAUGAUGUUGAAGCCAUAAUUAUGGACGAGGAGAAAGACGAGGAGUUCCUGAGGUGGGAGAAGGAACAGAUGAAGAAAGGAGCUUCAAUAAACACUGGAACAGAAAUAACUGAUCACAAAAAUGCUUACACCGAGAAACCUCAAGAGAGGGUAUCUGCUAAAGAUUAUAUUCCGAAGUUUACAAUGCCCAACGUCACAAUUGAUGCUAUAUCAAAUGAACUGUGUGGUGAACUCAACUCCUUGAAAUCGCUUGUCGCUGAGAGUGACCAUGAUUUGGAAUCAACUGUAAGAGCCCUGGAAAAUUCCCAACAAAACAUCACAAAGCACGAGCUUCAGGUUGCUGAGUUGUCCCAGGCUUUCGAAUUUUACCAAGAAACUAAAUGCUUCAUCAACGAUUAUUCUAAACUCCUCAGCCUCAAAAUUGACUCCAUAGAGCAGGUUGAAAAUGAGAUAUACGCUCUGUUUCAAAAACGAUGUGAUGAUUGUCGUAAUCUGAGGAGAUCGGUACAACAGCGGCUGUCAAUCCAAGUCGGAGUCGUAAAAGGUCAGACCGACUCUCGAUACAACAAACCCUCAGAAAUCCCCAGAAUAUGUCCAGACAGCGAUGAGGAAGUCGAACAAGAGUUUGUGGAGAAGUAUAAUUCUAUUGUGGACCAAUCUGAGUCUGUAAUGACGGAUGUCAGGAAUGAAUACAGUGAGAUAACCUUUGUCAAACAGCAGUUCGAAAAGUGGAAGCUCCAGCAAAGUGAGAGUUACAAAAAUGCCUACAUUACCCAGUGCCUUCCGCUCGUAUUCUCGCCUCUUUUACGUUUGGAGAUGUUAGGCUGGAAUCCCAUUCAGCCGAGUUGCCCGAACUUUGAGGAGUAUUCGUGGUUCCUUUGCCUCAUGACGUAUGGUUAUACAGAGAGCCAUGACCCUUCUGCCGAUGACCCGGAUACUAAUCUAAUCCCUAUAAUUGUCAACAAAGUUCUCCUCCCCAAAGUUGCUAAACUGGUGCAAUGUUGCUGGGAUCCUUUUUCAACUCAACAAACAAAACGGCUGAUUGAACUUUUAAUACUGCUGUUUGAAGACUAUGUCCCUAAGAAAAAGAAAUCAGCCGAGAAGGACAAGCUUAUUCAAGCAAUACAGCAUCAGAUUGAACAGCUGAUAAUACACGAAGCGUUUUUACCGUUUACAGCCGAGAGAUCUUCCAACCCAGACUCCAAAGUGGAACAAUUUUUAACGUUUCAAUACAUAAAAUGUAUCAAAAUAUUAAAAAACAUUCUGCUGUGGGAAGGAGUCCUCUCUUCAGCCAUCGUGUUCAAGCUUGCAGUGGACAGUCUGCUUAACCGACACUUAGUUGCUUUCCUUCAAACUUCUCAAAACCACAUGGACAACGUUGAAAAAAUAGACAUGAUCAUAAAAACAUUCCCAGUUUCGUGGUUCGAGAAAUCAGAUAAACUUCUGCCCCAGUUAGUGUCAUUUGCAACGUAUUUAGCUUCGCUUGUGCAAAUAAUCGAACGAAAGCAGAGUCAGUGUGCCACUGAAUCUGAUAGAAAACUUCACAAAACAGCGAUUCGAAAAGUCAUGUCGAUGUUGCUUAGAAUUAAUGCCAUGGAUUUGGUUCGAAAAGCUGCUACGAGUAACUCGUGAAUUCUUAUGUUAUUUCGGUAGUAUGUUUCGUGUGGACUGUGGGGAGGUAAGUCAUAUUUUUCAUGACACGUGACACUGAUUCUGGGUUUAGAUUGGUCAAUGCUUGAAUUAGCUGAUUGUUUAAUCUCUGUCACGUCAAUCCCACCAGUGUCCAGAUGUAUAUUUAUCAUGCCGUGGUAAAUAGAUCGAUUGAAGUCCUACGAUAAAUAACUUAUUUAGAUGCCACGAAAUUUUAGGAUCGGCUUUGCUGUCAGAUUUCAGAAGCUCUUUUUUCGUAAUUACAUCUAUCGUAGAACUUUUCGAUCAUAUUACUUCGGAAAAAAAGAACCGUGCCCAAUCCAAUGAUGCUUUUGCUUUCUCGAUUUUUGAACAGUAUACCAUCUUAAUUGCUGUUCUUUGCUUUUGAAUAAUGACUGUUUGCAUUAGUUGUACAUUAUACACUUCAUUGAAGCGAUAUUUUAUUUUAAAGUUUGCUGUACUAAUUUUC